GCUCUCCAGCUAAAUGUCUCCGGGGAGAAUCUAAGUACCACGUCUGCAGCGGGGAGAGAGGCGAAGAGGAGAGGGGAUUAAAGUAAGACGACUGUCUGGAGCAGAAGAAAACAGAGGACAGCGAGAGUGUAAAGACUGCCUCACAAAAACAAAGUCGGAUGCAACAUCUGGAGCAGAGCGCAAGCCGAGUUAGGACGCAAAUUACGCACAGCCUGCAGCCCCAGGACCCUCCUGUUCCUGCUUCCUGCUUCCACCAGCGUCCGAUAAUCUACUUAAAACUCUCCAAACCUCGAGAAGAAUGUACAGACUGGACAGAUAACUUCCGUGGUUUCAGCAACACACAUCUCCUUCUGGAAGCUCCUGAUUUGCGCAAACUCCGGCUGCCUUUGCGCCCAGACAUUCGUUUAUGGGAUAAGUUUUCAAACAUGAUGUUUUGACAAGUAGCAGGAGGAGGUUGCGCGAAGUGGUAGAGGGAGAUUUUCACAUUUUUUUUAUUUUUCGUAAUUUUUUUUAUUCUUCUCUCUAAUUUGGAGAGUUGAGUGAUGGCACUCGAGCUGAAGUCGCUUGUCCUUCUGCUGCUGCUGGCAGUGGUGUGGGAGCUGAGCGCACAAGGAGCGACAGAGCGACAAGUCAAUCCACAGUCAUGGCUGCAGCAGUACGGUUACCUACCCCCAGGUGACCUGAGGACCCAUUCACUCCGCUCUCCUCACUCCGUCCCCUCAGCCAUCGCUGCUAUGCAACGAUUCUAUGGCCUCACUGUCUCUGGCACUUUUGACGACGACACCAUCAAGGCCAUGAAGCGGCCGCGCUGUGGAGUGCCAGAUAAGUUUGGUGCCGAGCUGAAGAGCAACCUGAGGAGGAAGCGGUAUGCUAUCCAGGGCCUGAAGUGGAACAAGAGAGACAUCACUUUCUCUAUACAGAACUACACCCCAAAGGUCGGCGAGUACGAGACCCAUGAAGCCAUCAGAAAGGCCUUCAAGGUGUGGGAGAGCGUCACUCCCCUGCGUUUCCGGGAAAUCCCCUACAGCUACAUACGGGACAAAGUAGAGGAGUUUGCUGACAUCAUGCUCUUCUUUGCUGAGGGUUUCCAUGGCGACAGCAGCCCAUUCGAUGGUGAGGGAGGCUUCCUGGCACACGCCUAUUUCCCCGGUAAUGGCAUUGGUGGAGACACCCACUUUGAUGCUGCUGAGCCAUGGACAAUUGGAAACCGGGAUCUCUUAGGCAAUGACGUCUUCCUUGUUGCGGUGCAUGAGCUUGGCCAUGCUCUGGGUCUGGAGCACUCCAAUGACCCUUCAGCCAUCAUGGCUCCCUUCUACCAGUGGAUGGACACUGAAACCUUCCAACUGCCCGAUGAUGACCGCAGAGGCGUGCAGCAACUUUACGGAUCUGGAUCAGGCCCUCAGCCUCCGCCAGUAUCACCACGCACACCUUACCACACCCCGCAGCCCACAUAUGCACCAGACAAACCUCGCUUUGGCCCCAACAUCUGUGAUGGACACUUUGACACCAUUGGCAUCUUUAGAGGAGAGAUGUUUAUUUUCAAGGAUAAGUGGUUCUGGAGAGUCCGUAACAACCACGUGUUGGAUGGAUACCCCAUGCCGAUUGGUCACUUCUGGAGGGGGAUGCCCACUCAUAUUAAUACUGCUUUUGAAAGGGAAGAUGGCAAAUUUGCUUUCUUUAAAGGGGACAGGUACUAUGUGUUCAGUGAAUCUACUCUGGAUUCUGGUUACCCCAAGAAUUUGAAUGAAAUGGGCACUGGACUUCCCAACGAUCGAAUAGAUGCUGCACUGUUCUACACUCCCACUGGACAAACCUACUUCUUCAGAGCAAACAAGUAUUACCGCUUCAAUGAAGAGUCACGAUCUGUUGACGAAGGCUAUCCAAAAUCUAUCAGCGCGUGGCAGGGAGUGCCUGACAACAUCAAGGCAGCCUUCAUGAGCAAAGAUCAAGCGUACACCUACUUCUACAAAGCCAACAAGUACUGGAAGUUCAACAACCAGAUGAUGCGCGUUGAGCCGGGAUACCCCAAAUCAGCCCUCCGCGACUGGAUGGGCUGCCCCAACGAAGACCCCAAAACGGACGGAGGAAGAGGAGGAGGUGGACAUGACAAGGACAAGGAGAGAGAGAAGGACAAGGAGCGGGAGGAUAAGGACAGAGGCAGAGACAGAGACAGAGAGCGGGAGAGGGAGAGAGAGAGGGAGAGAGAGACAGAGCCAGAGGAAGACACUGAGGUGAUCAUUAUUGAAGUCGAUAAGGAGGGAGGGGCGAGUGGUGGAGCCGGUGCAGCGGCGGUGGUGGUGCCGCUUUUCCUGUUAGUGUGUGUGAUCGCAACGCUGGCGGCCCUGGUGUUUUUCCGUCGGUAUGGCACCCCACGCCGACUCCUCUACUGCCAACGAUCUUUACUGGACAAGGUGUAGACGUAGGAGGCAGGGAGGGCGAGGGGAUGCAAAGACGAGGGAGGGAGAGAGGGAAAGUGAAAGUGGAUGGAAUCGUUAAACACAGGUAACAAGAGCAAGAGAGGAGGAUCAAACAAGGCAAAGAGCAGAAGGGAAAAGUGCUAGACUUGCAUUUUAAAAUAUUUUUUUUACCACUGCCAGAUUUGCUCUAUCUUUCAGCCUUUCAACCACUCCACCCUUCCAUUAUUUUUAUUUUUUUACUUUUUUUCUCUCCCUUCUGUCCCUGCCUCUCUCCUUGUGGUUACUGACGCCAGCUCUUUGCUGUUUGUUUUAGCCUUUUUUCAAUGUCUUACUUUUAGUGUUUUUUGGUUUGGUCUUUUUUUUUAUUGUCAGUGGUCUUUGUUUGUGUCCUUGUGAAUCUCCACUUUGAAACUGCAUCUUCAUGACGCCCAUUCUAGCAUGUUCCUUUGAAUUAGUGUGUUUGAUUUUGUUCGUCCCCACUUUUAGACUUGCACACAACAACAUAAACACACAAAUGCACGCACGCACACACACACACACACACACACACACACAGCUGGAAAUCACAGUGGCGCAGCCCCUGUGUUUGUUAAUCUUCCAGUAAAAGCAACAUGUCAGAGUCAGCAUGGACCAUAAAAGGGAAAUUAAACAGAAGCCUCAUGAGGCCUGAGGUACACUCAUACCAGAGUAAACCAAUAAAUACAACAAUGUCUUUCCCUUUUUCAUAUCAAUGUCUAGUGCUGAUUAUUAUUACAAAUGAUGUUGCCAUUAUUAUUAUGACUAUUACUAUUAUUGUUGUUGUCUUCAGUGUAAAGAAUGUUUUUGUACAUUGUCAUUAAAAAGUCCUGCUGGACAGUGACAUACA